AGUUUGCUGUGCCAUCUCCUUUCUUCUUCUAAGUGGGAAAGUAACGAAGCUGAAACCAGUACAUUCAUAUCAACUCUUGGCUACACGUCAGCAGAUUAUUAUUGUCACUUAGUUAAAAAUAUGGUCUUUUCAUUAGUAACAGAACUCAGAGGAAAUCAGUUCAAUGGACUUAACAUUCAGGGGAGAGUUUCAGCCAGUCGUGUGAAUGCUGUGUCCCUUUUCUGUCUACCUCUUAUUACUUUGCCUGAUGUAACUCCAUUGCUGGAAACUCUCCUUCUUUACCAUGGAGGUGCAUCAAAAGAAAUUCUCAGUUCAGAGUUUCUGGAGGCUGUGAAUGAGGCCUUUUUAAAGAAGAAGAUCUCCCUCCCUGAAACUGCUGUCUUCAGCCUGUGGCUUCGUCACUUACCAAGCCUUGAAAAAGCCACAUUAUAUCUUCUAGACCAGCUGGUUUCCAUACAGUUGAAUUCACUGGAAGAAGUGGUUUGUGUCAUAAAAGACUCGUUACUGCCACAAGCAGCAAGCCAUCCUGCCAUUUUCAGAAUUGUUAAUGAAAUUUUCAAGAAUGCGUUGCUGAAAACUGAUGGAACUCCAGAAGUUAUGACCAUAAUACAGGUGUUUACACAGCUUUUCCUUCAGGCUCAUCAGAAUGAAAACAAGCAGCAUAAAUAUCCACUGAAGGCGUACUUCCCUCACCAUCACCAGCCUCUUGUAACAGCUUUACUCAGACGUCCUUUUGAGCUGCCAUCUACACACUGGCCUGCACAUUUAAAACACAUUUCAGAUACGCUCAAAGCAUUGGUAGAAGAUACAAAUGUUAGUUCUCUUAGUGACCUUUUUGAAAUCUGGUUUUUGGUUGUUCGUUUUGGAGAAUGGCUGGAUAUUGCUGCAGAACAAUUACUGAAGGCUGCUGUAGAACCAGAUGCUUUGCUGUGGCUACUGGCAUUUUACUACUGUCCUCAGAAUGAAAAUCAACAAAGGACUCAAACAAUGGUAGAAGCUAAAGCAGUCUACAAUCAUCUAAUGAUGCUCUUCAACUGUACAGUCCUUUCUGUCAAAGAUCUGGAGGCUGCUGUACACGGUAUAACAGAUACAAAGCAGUGUUGUAACCAGCAUCUUUUAACACAUCUUCUUACCAACUUUUUGCUCUUUUCAUCUGGUGGACAUACGAUUGCCCAGGAAUUUAUUUAUCACAUUACUGAGACAACUGACUCAAGCAAAGAAGUUUGUAGCCUUCUUACCCGUACUGCAUACAGAAUUAACUGUAAUGGAGAAGAAAAUGAAAGGACUGUGAAACUGCUGAAGGAACUUCUUAAAAAACUAACACUGAAAGUUUAG